AUGCCAGCCACAUCAACAAUUGAACAACGCUCAUUAGCCGUUGAAGAAUGCCUCAAGAUCAACAAAGGACUCUCCACCAUCUCAUUGCUAGAUAAUUGGCGAAACGAAACCUUCCCGGUAUACGGCCCAGAAGGACAGGUACUCCUCAACAUGGAGCGCUGCGCAAGCGCGUUGUUCGGAAUUGUGACCUAUGGUGUCCAACUUCUAUGCUAUGUCAACUGCAAAGAAGGACCCCGACUGUGGAUAGCCAAGCGGUCGGAAAGAAAGCAAACCUACCCGGGGAUGCUCGACACAACUGCAGCUGGCGGCCUUGGCUCUGGAAUACUUCCAUUUGACGCUCUUAUCUCCGAAGCGUAUGAGGAGGCAUCCAUCUCGGAAGACACAGUAAGAGCGAAGGCCAAACCAAUGAAUGCGCUCACGUAUUUCCAUGUGCGUGGGAAUAAAGCAGGCGGGGAGAGUGGCUUGUUUCAGCCAGAAGUCGAAUAUACUUACGCCAUGGAAUUGGAUCAGAGCAUAAUACCAAGACCUCGAGACAACGAAGUGGAAUCAUUCCAGCUCUUCACCGUUGAUGAAGUACUAGAUCAUCUCAAGAAAGGAUGUUUCAAGCCAAAUAGUGCUAUUGUCGUGGUGGAAUUCCUCAUUCAGCAUGGUAUUCUGAAUUGCGUGAACGAGCCGAACUAUGAUGCAAUCAUGUCACACCUACAUCGCAGGCUCGGAUUUCCGAUCUUGAUUCAGUCGUCGAAAUAA